AUAGUUUACUUUGAUGCGGCGAGCAGCCCAAUAAAAAAAUGUAAAUUGUUCAGCCCCAGCAAGUGAAAUUGAAAAGAAAAGCAAUAUAAACGUGUGAUUCGCAGCAUAACUGUCCUGGCAUUGUGCUGCUGGUUGUCCAGGCUAUGCCGCCUUUGCCGCCCAGCCCUCUCGACCUUGCGCGAAGCCCCGCGAUGGCCUCCCUACAUUCCAGUUGGCGUUUUGGCAAGCGAAGUAAAUUUCAAUUACGCAUCAAAGUUUCUCAGGAUCCGGAGGACUGUUACCGCCAGGAUCCAACGCGAUCAGCCGCUGAGAAUGCCUUCGAUAUAUACUCGAUGCUCUGCUUGGAGGAGACGCGGGAUACUAAGCGCCUGUUUCUGCUCAACGCCCUGGCUUCGCUCUGCCUGGGGGCUCGGAAGGGUUCACAUCAUAGCAACAUACGCUUCAGCACUGAGGAGCUGCUUUACUGUCUCAGUGCCUCACUGGUGCACACCUUCACCCAGGUGCGGGCAGCGGCUUUAAGGACCAUUCGCUAUGCCAUCAACACGUCCAAUGACAUCAAGGUGUUCAACGCCCUGCAGCUGCAGCAUUUGGUCUGUCGCUCCAUCGAUCUGAUGCUAAAGAACGAUGAUGAGCGUGUCCAGGCGCUGAAACUGGUGCGCAAGAUGCUGGCCAUUGCUCCGGAAGACAUCAGUCCGGUGGUGGUGCGCUGCCUUGUCUCGCUGGCGGACAGUGGAAUCGAUGAGAACGAUAAUCUGCUGCGUGCCUGCCUGGCUACGCUCGCCGAGUUUGCCGUGCUCAAUCCGGCGCUCCUGAUCGUAUGCGGUGGUGUUACAUCCAUUACCCGCAACGUCCUCGAGUGCCACAAUCCCCGGAUAGCCGAGAGCCUGUGCGGUGUGCUGCUUUACCUGCUCGAGUGGCCGCAGACGCGGAAUAUUUGCGGAGUGCGGCUCGACUGUCUGGCGGCCCCGUACUGUGACUUCACAUACAGGCUUGGUAUCAUGGAUAAAAACAAAGAUGCGCGUGAACUUCGCUAUACAAGCUGUCGCCUGGCCCUGCUCUCCGUGCUACGCAGCUGGACAGGCACCCUAGAAUUCUGUGAUCCCAGUAAACCCUCAGGUCUCAAGGCAAUAGUCGAUGCUCUAUAUUUAAAUCAAAUCGAAGUCAGAAAAGCAAUAUUAGAUUUGCUCUACGAGCUGCUCUCGCUGCCGCAGCCCACCUGGACGGAUGACUAUGCGGUGGCCCUGCAGGCUGUGGAUCCAUCGGACUUCCAGGCCACGUGGCUCCUAAGCAACGGCUUUGUAUCCGCCGAAGGUCGCUCCAUUUUGCCAACGCUGGCAGCUCGAGCGCCGAAUGUGGUGGAUCAACACUUGGCACUGAUGCUUUAUUGUUUCCUAGAAACUGGACUGCUCAACGCACUCGUUGAGGUCGCCGUUGGCAGCGAUCAGUUCGUUUCGGUGCAGGCCACGGUGCUAAUUGGCAAAAUACUGCAACUGAUGCACACGCACCUGCCGCCAGACAUCUGCUGCACAAGCCCGGCACUGCCCACACUGGUGGGUCAUGCCACGCAGGGCAACCAGCAGGCCAAUGCGGCUGUGGCGGCCUUACAGAACUACCAAAAAAUGCUGCGCCAACGGCCGGCAUCGUGCAGCUUGUUCCUAGACAGCAUUAUCCAGGGCGGUGCCCUGAUUCAGACACGCUUGUUCCGGCGACAUCUCAACGUUCAGGAGCAGGCGGGUCCGGUGCUGCAGCUGCAGGAUACGGCAGAAGCGGCAGCUUCUGUUGUUCCACCCGUGACUGUGGGCCAAUUUCGUGCCACGCUCGAUCGUUGCCGCCUGGACUCGGUCUCAUCCAGCGACGAAUCCAACUCGCAGGCAUCGACCUCGUCGAGAUCCAGUUUCCGACUGAAGCGAAAGUUCCUGCCACAAGCCUUCUUUGACAACUUCCGGGCCUUCAAUCGUCUGCUAACAGACUCAAGGGUACUGAGCCAGGCAGAUGCACAUCUCUGGGACUGGGAUGUAAUCACUACAAUACUUAAGUCGAAUCUAAUCCGCAAGCUGGACUACACCCUGGGAAAGUUCUUAAAGCGACUGGUCGACUUCUAUAAGCCACGCAACAAUCGUUUCUCGCACCAGGAUUUGGUGCCGGGACAGAGUUUGCCAACGUAUGUCAGUGCCGGUUUGGAUUUAAUCGAUGUUUUACUGGGCAGCAGCGAGCUGGAGUGUAUGCGCUAUAUAACCGACUAUUUCUCGGAUAUAAGCCAACAGUUGGCGGCCGUUACCACAUCCAACCGUGCCCAUGACUGUCUGUUUAGUCCGCAGCAUAUGAACAAUACAAUGUGUCAGCAAUAUUUCCUAUAUAUCGGACGCAUGUGUCGCACCACCAAAGGCAUUGAAGUACUCAAAAACACCACGGUAUUUGAAUACCUUAUCAACUUGGUGCGUGUGACGGAUCAUGUGUGUUACGUAAAACUGAUUGUGUCCGGACUGAACUACAGCUACGAGAAGUUGCCGCGACAGGUGCUGGAGAAGGCAUUGACGUCGGCCAAGACGCGCUAUGGUCGCCUGUAUGCCACCCAGUUUAUGGCGGUGCUUCUACGUGCCCGUUUGCCACAUUUUGAGGUCUGGGGCAUACCCCUUAUCAUCCAUCAGACGCGUGACUCUGAUCGUAGCGUGGUGCUGGCCGCCAUGGAGGUGCUGGAAGAGGCCUGUCACGACAAGUAUUACCUUGAAGAGAUUGUCAGUCGUUGGCCCAAUCUUACGCAGCGCGGCGAUGCCGGAAGACUGUUAAUGGCCCGAUACUACUCACUGCCCCGUGGCCUGAACAGUACGAUGGCGCGGAUUGAGGAAGAGAUACGAUACUGGCGAAAUGGCUACAACAAGCGUUAUGUGCUCCUCGUCGAGGCGGAUACCCAUGCCAGCUUGACGCUGCACAUACGCAACGAGGACGGCUACUAUUCGCGACGCAACUGCAACCAGCGACCGCAGACAGUUCCGCCAAACAUUUCACCGCAUCUCUAUGGACAGAUGGCGCAGACCGGUCAGGGUAUGUCGGCCCUGAGGAAACACGGUGAUCUGCCCCAGCUGCUCGAGGUGCUCACCCGCGCCAAAUGCACGGACGAUGCCGAGUGCCUGGAAUUGAAGGCGGCCAUCUGGGCCCUGGCUCAUGCCUCCACCCAUGCCAAUGGUAUUGAAUACUUUUUGGAACUGAACUCUAGGCUCUAUGAGAAGCUUAUUGUGCUGGUGACCAAGUGUGAGGUCUACUCGGUGCGGGCCACCUGUUUCAGCGCCUUGGGACUUAUUGCCGGCACCCAGGCGGGUGCCAAUAUUCUCUUCAAACUGAACUGGCUGUGCGUUCGACAUGACCGGAAUACCAUGUGGCCAGUGCAUCAGCCAGAGGACUGGAUAUCCAAUCAGUAUACGCCAGUGCGUCAUUACUACGAGGACGUGCUGCCAUCCUAUAAUAUGACAAUGCUUGAGGAUCAGAUCGAUGGAUUCUACUUAACAGGCUCCGGUUAUUGGAACUCAAUUGCCGAACAGAUUGAAUCGGGUGGCGCUGGAGGUGUUACGAUAUCCGGAAGUAAAUCGGCUGUGGGUACUGCAGGGCAGGACCCAAAUAGCACAACGACAACGGACAGUGUACGCACAACUUUGGACGAUGUGCAUCCCAGUCGAAUAUUGCCCACCGGUGGCGUGGCUGCCAAGUCAAAGACCCUGCCCGAGGGUAGCAACCUGCGCCCAACGUCCAAGCACCAACGCUCGCUCUCUGAGUCGAAGACCACGGAUGUGAUUAGCUUACUGGGAGGAGCCACAACGACCCCAGGAACGGGAACAGUACCGGGUUCUGGUCUCUAUCCCACUCCAUAUCAACACCGCAUCCGGUACAACUCAUGCACAGAUUCAAACACUUCGGGCGUGAGCAGCUGUGAGUCUGUGACCGGACGAACUGCAGCAGCUGCCGCCGCAGCAGCGGCCAACAUGAGCGAGUAUCAGCAGUUUCCGUUGAGCCCGAUUCCUAGCAUGUCGAACCUGUUGGAGAGCGACGAACUGAUCCGGCGGCAUCAGUUGGCCACCAGUCUGCAGCCAUCCGCCGCUCUCAGUCCGAUGGCGAUGAAGGGUUACGCUCAACUGCGCUCCCUGCGUGCGCAUAGCCGACCGGUGUUCCCAGAGUCCGCGGCAGACUUUUACAAGGUCGUCGGCAUGCCCGAGGUGCAGAUGCGCAAACACGACUGGACCCAUCCCCAUCGGCGGCUGAAGGUGCGAAGCCUGGACCGCCAGCCCAUGCUGAACGAUCUGUGCAGGCACGUUUUCGGCGGCGAGCUGGACGUUCCCCUGCCCACGCAGAAUGCUCCCAAGUUCCUACCGCAGAACGACCUGCAGGGGCCCUGCUACUCGGGCAUCUGCCUGCCCAAAAACGUGCUGGACCUCUUUCCCACACGCAACCUUAACCGUACGUACGUGUCGCGUGACAUUCAGGACCAGGACCUGGUGGGCAUAAAUCUGCUCAAUAGCAUUGGACGCCACCAAUUCCUCAACGAUUCACUGACCAAUGAGGGCGGCGACGAGUCCUCUGUGAUAUCCUCGCUGUCGGAUGUCUCAUCGGCAACCAAAAACCAGUGGCAGCAAAGUUCCAAGCAUACGCGAAGCCAGUGCCUCCAUUGUGCUCGCUAUCCGCGACAGCAGCGUCAUCCGGAUAUCGUUGCCAGUCAGAAUAAUGGUAGUUCGGCCGGAGGUGCAUCCUUAGCCCCGUGCGAGCUGUACAGCAGUGCCGCAGCGGCUGCUCUGGUGGCAUCAGCUCAAGUCAAAAAGGAAGGCUCCUCCGUUCCCGUUCCAGGAGCUGGAGCAACGACGCUGGGUGCGGACAUUAGUUUCCAUUCGCCGGAGAGCAUGCUGAGCGAAGACAACGCACUGGACAGACUGACCGCCUCCAUACUAUACAACGUACAGCGCCUGGCUAAUCCCGUGAGUGCCAAGCAGUCGAAGAUGGGGCUGCUGGAGCUCAAGCAGAAGCAUCCGCAUGCCUUUCAGGAUAUUUGCCUUUACUCCGAGUCCUGCAAGACAUUGGGCAGGAGCAGUUAUCGCAUGAGUGCCCGUCGCUUUCUGCAGGAGCUCUUCCUAGACUUGAACUUUGAUUCGUUUUACGUGGAACCGCAGCUUAUAAUCGGAGCGCGAAAGAUGCAUGUGGAGGAAAAGGCAGAGGCCGCUGCGCCCGCAUCAGCGCCUCCCGCCAUGUACAAGGCAAUGAGCCAGAAGCCCAAACCGGCGGCUCAAUUAGCCAGCGUAUACGAGACCAGCUGGGAGAAUCUGCUCAUGGACCAGUCGCCUAGAAUAUUUAAGCCGUCACCUGCCCAACCGAAAGCAAUACCAGAGCGCCAAAGGCUUCACAUUGACGACACGGAAAGUUCAAUGUCUGCCACCGAUGAAGAUCACGAUGGCCACGAAGAUCCCGGCGAGGAUGUAUGCGAUGGCAAAGGCGUGGACCAAACAGACCUGCCUGCUGAUAACUCCCAACCAGCGGCGGCAGCGGCGGAAACAGGUGCAGCUGCAGCUGGAUCGGUUGCAUCGAACGAAGCAACGGAUUCUAGGCUAUGGAACGAGGAUCGAUCCACUUCCGGACGCUUCUAUCCGCUACAAUUUGAUUUAAGCUGCACGCGGAACAAGUUUCCGGUCACAGAACGCCGGCAGGCGGCUGCACCAUCGACAUUCCUUAAGCGUCACUCGAGCGGCGAUGCAGAUCCGCAGACACCUGUUUCGGCAUCGACCAAGAGCCUGGCAACACCAAUGGCCAAGCCGAUGGGUAGCCUCUAUUGUGAGAAGCGCUUGCAGACGGCCAAAUCGGAGGCGGUGCUGGGUUCUAAUGUGGGAGGAGGAGAAGCAGCACCCCAUAGGGGUGGAUCAACUAAUGUGGGCAGCCCAACCUCUGACAAUCACGAUAACGCACUGCCUUCCAUUGCCUCCCCGCCCGCCUGCCUUCCUUAACCUUAACCGAAGCUAAUCGGAUGAAUGUAAUAUAUGAUAGUACUGUAAUAAAAUCAAAGAAAUCGUAGCUGUCUAGCUUUAGGCACACACACACACCCACACCAACACACACACACACACCUUACCCAUAAGUUACCUAAGUUAUUCUCGCUUAGUUCGUUGUAACCAAAUUAAUUUUACGAUCAAUCACCUCACCCCCUAGCUGUAGUCACAUAAUUUUAAUAAGAUUCAUAACCAUAAAUAGGCAAAAGAUCAGCAAACAAACUACUAUACAAUAUGUACAAUAUGUUGGAUACCUAAAGGCAAACAAAAACCACAAACCACCGCAAGUUAAUUAAUCAAAUUGUACUUAAAGCGACAAAACAAAAAAAAGCCCCCCUCAAAGACCUUCAAAAGCAAGAGAGAAAUUAUCACAAAAUGUGGCUGGCAAGCAAAAUACAAAGUAAAACCCAAAAUUAAUACAAUAAAUUCGCAAGAAAUUUA